GAACUCCGCGCGUCCCUGGGCCAUGCUGCGUUGUGGGCUUUACGCCCUCGCAGCGGCCAGUCCUCGUGCUGCAGGCGGGGAAACUGAGGACUGGGGCGGAGCCGGUCCCCCGGCGAGCCGGAGCCUCCGCCCCCGGCCGGCCCCGCCCCGGCCCGUAAGAGUUGCGCGGAGCACCAGGCGAAGGCGCACAGCGCGUCGCCAGGCCCGGGGCUGGGAGCGUGAUGGCAGCUCAACGGCUGGGCAAGAGGGUGCUAAGCAAGCUGCAGUCUCCGUCGCGGGCCCGCGGGCCGGGGGGCAGCCCCGGGGGGCUGCAGAAACGACACGCGCGUGUCACCGUCAAGUAUGAUCGGCGGGAGCUGCAGCGGAGGCUGGACGUGGAGAAGUGGAUCGAUGGGCGCUUGGAGGAGCUGUACCGCGGCAGGGAGGCAGACAUGCCUGAUGAGGUCAACAUUGAUGAAUUGUUGGAAUUAGAGAGUGAAGAGGAGAGAAGCCGGAAAAUCCAGGGACUCCUGAGAUCGUGCACAAACCCCACAGAGGCCUUUGUCCGGGAGCUGCUGGUGAAGCUGCGAGGCCUCCACAAGCAGCCAGGCCUCCGCCAGCCCAGCCCCUCUGGUGACGGCAGCCUGAGACCCCUCCAGGACCAGGCCCGACCUGCACCGCCCUGACCCUCUGUCACCUCUGUGGCAACUCCUUCAAACGCGACCUCCGCAUCCCCAGUGCAGUCCUGGCUUGUUUAUAAGCUGUAUUUAAUGGUUCUGUAACAAUAACAUUGUGUGCCUGUUUUUCCUCUCCCUGGUUACUGUGGGCUUCCCCAAGCUCCCUUCGCCCUCCCCUAACAGACUCCCCCCUUCCUGCUGUGUCUCCUCGAGUCCCAGCACCCACAGCUGGCCCGGACAGAUGGAGAAUCACUCCUCUUCCACCAGAGAGCAUGAGAACAGGGCCUGCUGACCUUGCACCCUCAGAACUCAUAUCCUGUCCUCACCUCCCCCUAGCUGUGGCCCAGUCCCAGCCAGCAGAGCCCUGGGGGUACAGUGGCACUCAGGGCUCCUAUGGGAAUGACUGCCUGUGGUCCUUGGGUCACCAGUAGAUGCAUAGGACCUAGUGUGCCUGAUAUCACCACACCACACCAUGAAUUUCACUGGGCACUUACUGUGUGCUUGGCAUGCCACUGGUAUUGGUAUAGGCCUCAGAGAUGAACAGAUGGUGGUCCCUGGCAUCAAGGUGCUCACACACUAGUGGAGGCAAGGGACGGUGCAGGGAUUUAGAACAAAAUGUACUAACUGAUCUGAGAUGCUUGGGAGCCCAGGGAGUGGGAAGAGCUCUUGGGGUGGUAAAGAAAUUUAGGAGGGCUUCCUGAAGAAAGUGACAUGAAGCAAGGCUUUGAAGGAUGCAUAGGAGUUUAUGUGAAAGGAGUACCUGUAUUUGAGGACUCUGCAUUUGUAGGUGGAGGGACUGACACUGGGGUUGAGCCAGGGGACAUACCAAAUACUGGCAGGGCUGUUUACCAAGUAGGGUGGGCAAGUCCCCCAGAGCUAGGUCAGGGAAGCCCCUGCACUGGGGCAUGGGGAAGAGUCCCAGGAGAGGAGCUAAGGCAUCAGGAGUGGGUAGGGGCUGUUUGCAAAACAGCAGGUGUAGUUGCAUGAGUGGUCCCUGUGUGUAGUCAGGAGAUGGGGUGUGGCUGUGGCUGCACCAAGGACUGGUGCAGGCGGUGCUACAGUAUCUCCUCCCAGGGCAAACCACAUCUCCCAUGUGGCCUCUACUGACCAAGGUUGGGUGCUGGCUCCCAUCCCCAACCUGUGCCACCCAGCAACCCUGCCAGGAUCCAGCACCCAUCCCAGGGAGUCUGAGCCCCAGGCCGGCAGGAAGAGCAGAUGCCCCUGAAGAACAGCAUGCAGGGGCACACGGCCUGUCCAGCCCUUUGGGAGCCUUGCUGUCCAGUGUCCCCUCCCCUCCACACAACUGGAUAGAGAAUGAAUGUGUGGAGAACGGAGGUAUCCCUCCUGGCACCCCAGCACCUGGGCCUACCUCCCGGGACACCCCACUUGGGCUUAGGAACUCUGAACUUCCUUUUCCUAGAACCUGUUCUUAGUCCAUCUUUGUGGAGGCAGUAUGUGCCCAAAAUUCAGUUUCCAAAGUCCUGGGUGUGUCAUGUGUUGGGCCUCUCAGUUUCCUCACCUAGAAAGUGGGGACUUAACAAAUGAGGAAACCAAGGCCCAGAUUAGUGCUAUCACUUUGCCCAGUCACAUGGCUGGGAAGUGGCGUUGGGCUUCAAUCCCAGGCAUUAUGAAUCCAGGGCCCAACUACGUCUACACUACUGUGCCUUUAUAAACCGCUGUGAUGAUUGCUAUUCUUCGGUGGCAGGAAGAGGCUAAUUCAUACCAAGGUGUUUGUGACUGCUCACAGCCCUCUGAGACAUCUAAAGGGUGGUACAACUUGGCUGCGAACAAGGCUAUGAGAAAAGGACUGGGAGGCAGCAUCCCAUAGUGGGUGAGAGCAUGGGCCCUGAUUCAAAUGCCAUCUGUCCUUCUUCCUAGCUGUGUGAUCCUGAGCAAAUCGCCUAGCCUUUCUGUGCUUCAGUUUCCUUAUCUGUAAACUGAAGGUGAUUAUAAUAGUAGCUACCUCCUGGGUGAGCACAGGUGAAGGACGAGGAGGGUGAUGAAGGCAGGGGUGACAGGUAAUGGGACCGGAGUGUGUAGGGAAGGACUUUGGCUUUUGUUCUGAGGCCAAGGGAGGCCUGUGGAGGAUUGUGAUAUGAAAGAUCUCCAACACAGGUUGUUAAGUGAUAGAAAAGAAGGAUUAGGAUGGUAAUCAUAACGUUUGCUUUCCGUAAUGGUUGCCCCCUUCCCAUCCGCGCUCCCGCCAGGCUUUUCCCCUCCAGGACCCACAAACACGCUUCCAAUCUGCCCAGAGCACUCUAACCCGAGGGUCCAUCAUCCUCGUCUCAAUGUAAUCUUGGGUGUCUUUGAGCCCCUUAUCUAAGGAGCCACCUGCAUUCACUACCCGUCAUCCUUGUUUUCUCCAUAGCAUUAUUACACCCCGAAAUUAUCUGUAGGUUUAUUUUAUUAUCUGCCCACAUUCCCCCACCUCCAGAACAUAGGCUCCUUGCCUGCCUUGAGCGGGGCUGUAUCCCUAAUGUUUAGAAACGCGCCUGGCACACAGUAGAUGCUUGACCAAUAACAGUGCCCCCUGGUGGGCCACAUCCUCUCCAGGCACAGUAAGCUUCCUCCUGUAGAACUGAGGCCUGAGCGCCCCCUUGUGGCUGUGUAAGUUGGUUUUAAACUCCAUCCCAGCGAUCAGUUUCUCUCUAGGGGUGGCCCGCUGGCUUCAACGAAAGGAAAGGCCCCAGAGGCAGCUGCUACAGAGCGCUCACCCAUCUUUUACCUUUGCUCAACACCAGCAGCGUUCCUAAUUAGAAUGACAAGUAUUAGAAAUGGACUUGCAUCGAUGAUAUGAUUGGUAUUCACUAUUGGCUAAAAUGUUUUAGAAAUACUUCUUGCCCUCAGAAUAAAGGACAGGAAAGCUCUAAGCAUAGGGGUUAUUAUGAGUGAUGUAAGAUCAACCUAUAAAAAUCAAAAUAAUUUAAUCAACACCAUAAUAACCAAUUAAAACAUAAUGUAAAAAUUGUGUGGUUCUCAAAAGUAACAAAAGCUAUAGUUUAUCUAACAACAAUCGAAUAUGCAUUAGGCCUUGAUGGAAAACAUAUAAAAAUGUCAAUAAAGGAUAUAGAAGAUAAUUUGAAAAAAAAAAAA